CUUAUUGGACUUCGAAAAAUCGUCUGGAAAAUCAAUCUACGUGAGGAGUUUCUAGGAUGAAUCCACUCGACGUCCUUGGCAUAUCUGAAAUGUUCUUCUUUUUGACUAUCGACUCUCUCAGUUCUGAUGAGGCUAAGGGCGGCCUCUCUCGCGAUUUCCCGGUUCCCUCUGAGACCGACGUUCCCGCCUGGACCGUAUUUGGUUACCGCACUCGAAGAUUCCCUUGUAGCUUGGCAGGUCUUGACGAAGAUUACUCUUGGCUGAGAAAUAUCCACCAUCUUGUGCUCGGUACUGUUUCAAUAUGACGAUCUUGAGAUUCACUUGUUGGUCAAGACAACGACUUAGGUCGCAGGGAAUUUCUGGUAAUCGAAAAGAUAUAAAAGGUCUCCAAAAUCGCCAGCAUUCUCCAGACAACUCAACCUCGUCUAUCUACUUCAGCUCAUUCAUCACGAUGCGUCUCUCAAUCGCUGCUCUUAUCCCUCUCGCCGCUCUCGCGGUCCCCGCCCUCUCUGCCUCCGUUCAGGCCAGGGAUGACAGUGUCGGUUACAACGGCUACAACGACGGUGGCAGUGGCAGGAACUACGGCAAGGACUAUGGUCACAAUGAUGGUGGCAGCAAGGACUGGGGCAAGAAGGACGAUGACAAGAAAGACGACCGCAAGGACGACCGCAAGAAUGAUGGUGGCAGCAAGGACUUUGGCAGGAAGGAUGACGACAAGGACGACCGCAAGAAUGAUGGCGGCAGCAAGGACUUCGGCAAAGACAAAGACGACAAGGACCACAAGCGCAAGGGCUGCACCUGGGAGCCUGUGUUUGAGCACAAGAAGGACUUCAGGGGAUGGAACAAGGGCAAGUACACCCCCUACGACCACAAGGAUGUCAAGAAGGACUCCUACGAGAUUGACUGCAAGAACCUUUGCGAGAAGGACGACAAGUGCAACUCUUGCCAGGCCUAUUCGAAAGAGGAGAACGAGGAGAAGUUCAUUUGCGAGCUCUUCGAGGAGAUCAUCGACAUCUUGACUUGGGAGGAUGACUGUGAUGAUGACAAGGACCGCAAGGACGACCGCAAGAAUGAUGGUGGCAGCAAGGACUUCGGCAAGGACGGAAAGAAAGAUGACAAGGACCGCAAGGAUGACCACAAGUAUUAUGAUACUUCUUGCUGGAACGCCCACUACAGCUACUAA